AUGGCUACCCUGGACUUCACCAAGUUCUACAAUGUCAUCGACGGCAAGCUGGUAGGCACGGCCAAGACGCGCCGCGCCGUCAACCCGUCGACCGAGGAGGAGCUGUGGGAGGUGCCCGUCAGCACGCAGGAGGACAUCGACAAGGCCGUCGCCGCGGCCAAGAAGGCCCAGGAGGCCUGGGCCGAGGUGUCGUGGGAGGACCGCCGGAAGGCCAUCCACGACUUCGCCGCCGCGCUCGAGAAGCAGUCCGGCGAGUUCGCCAAGCUCCUGACCACUGAGCAGGGCAAGCCCCUCAUGUUCGCCCAGGGCGAGAUCGCCGAGGCCGUCCGGUGGCUGCGCACCCUGAGCUCGUACCCGGAGCCGCAGGAGACGGUGGAGGAGUCCCCAGAGCGCAAGGUGUCGAUCCGGUACACGCCGCUGGGCGUGGCGGUGGGCAUCGUGCCGUGGAACUUCCCGGUGCAGCUGGCGAGCGGCAAGAUCGCGGCGGCGCUGGUGACGGGCAACGCCUUCAUCCUCAAGCCGUCGCCCUUCACGCCGUACUGCGACCUCAAGAUGGCGGAGCUGGCGCAGGCCUUCUUCCCGCCGGGCAUCUUCCAGGCGCUCAGCGGCGACGACAACCUCGGGCCCUGGCUGACGGCGCACCCGGGCAUCGACAAGGUCAGCUUCACGGGGUCGACGGCGACGGGCAAGCGGGUCAUGGAGAGCUGCGCCAAGACGCUCAAGCGCGUGACGCUGGAGCUGGGCGGCAACGACCCGGCCAUCGUGUGCGCGGACGCGGACCCGGCCGUGGUCGGGCCCAAGGUGGCGACCAUGGCGCUGUUCAACAGCGGGCAGAUCUGCAUCGCGGUCAAGCGCGUCUACGUGCACGAGAGCAUCUACCCGGCGGUGCUGGCGGCCAUGGUCGAGUUCGUCAAGAGCGUGCGCGUCGGCGACGGCCACUCCGAGGGCGUCUUCAUGGGCCCCGUCAACAACAAGCUGCAGUUCGACCGCGUCAAGAACCUGCUCGACGACAUUGAGAAGACGCAGCUCAAGAUCGCCACCGGCUCCACCAAGACCCAGGCCGACGGCAGCAAGGGCCUGUUCAUCACCCCGACCAUCAUCGACAACCCCCCCGAGGACUCGAGAAUCGUCGUCGAGGAGCCUUUCGGCCCCGUCUUCCCCGUGCUCAAGUGGACCGACGAGGCGGACGUCAUCAAGCGCGCCAACGACACCGACAUGGGUCUGGGCGCGUCCGUCUGGUCGCAGAACAUGGAGACGGCGCACCGCAUCGCCAAGAAGCUCAAGGCCGGCAACGUGUGGAUCAAUGCCCACGCCGAGCCCCAGCCCGAGGCGCCCUUCGGUGGCCACAAGCACAGCGGUGUUGGCUACGAGUGGGGUGAGGGUGGCCUGAAGGCGUACUGCAACGCGCAGUCGGUAUACGUCAAGACUUCGCCAUAA